AGCCAUCUUCCCUGCCGGAGAGAAAGAGAGUGAAGGGGGGGACCGAGGACACGAUUUGGGGAUCCCGGCUUCUUUCGGUGGCACAAAGACAGUGCCGGGAGCCGGCACGGACACUGGUGUACAUCUGAAGAACAGAGUGUGCCUUUUAUUCAUGUCAAGGAAAGGAUUUGACGCGAACUUGUGGAAGAUCGAGCGAACGAAAGACAAGCUUUUAAAAAUACAAAGGAAGAGAAAUACGAGAGGGUAAAACAUUAGCAUACAUUGCGAAAAAUUGCAUAGGUGAUUACAAAAGAUGUGCAUCACCGGUCUGAAACAUCAGUAGAUAGUCUCGUUUACUUUACUCUAUUUAGGGAGUACUGACAAUAACGCAGGCAUUUCAGAAUAAACAGCGAACCGUUUGUUUUCAGUAACUACAGUUGGGGUUAUUGGAUAGGAUUAUGACCAUAGGUUACAUUACAAAGGAGUUGAAUACAUAGUUGUUUAAUUUAAUUACUUUACCAUAUGUACAAACUCGAAGCUGAAAUGCGUUGACAUCGGUUGACAGACGGGAUUGACAACUAUUACAUUUGUGUUUACCAAGCUAGCUAACCAACCAACUAUAUGGCUAGUUUAGCUUGCUAAACGUUUAGCUUAUUUGUGUUAUGUUUAGCCUAUAAUGGGCAGAGACGCUUACAUUGUUCUGCCCCGCCGUUGUAAAAACGUUAUCCUCCGUAAGCGAUACAUUAUAGAUGUGUUCAUAAUGCAUUGGUCUGUGUAACCGAAGAAAGUGGACACCUACAAGGUAAGGCAGUUUACCUUUAGGGUAGAAUAGCUACUGGCUAGCUGGCUAAGUUGGCUAGCGGUGGAAUAUUCAAUCGAACACAAGGCAGACCAGCUUAACUUCGCUGAAUGACAGACCUGUAAGCACCUUUGCGGUUUUGUGGUAAUUUUUGCGAUUUUCUGUUUUUUAGACCAGCAUGCCAUUUCAACUGUCAACGUUUUUUCAGGAGGAAGUGACCCUUUAAAAAUGCAGACACAGCUGUCAAAGCUGACUUUGUGUCAGCGGCUAGCCUGAAUCCCUGCUGAGAAGUAGAAGGAGCUUGCAGUGAGACACUGGCCCACUAUCUUGACUCUGCCCAACUAUCAGCAGAAUUCCACUGUGUCCACAUUCAGAAAUUGCUUGUCCUAACAGGACGUGUCUUAAAAAGCCAAACACGAACGAUCUAAACAUUAGCAAAAGUUUUUCUUUUUCAGUAUGACAUGAAGGUUAGCUGUUGAGUCUGAAAUGCCUGUUGCUUUGUAUUAUUAAUGUAGUGCCAUACCAUAGAUGGCAAAGGGAGGGUUUGAAGUUAUUAGUCGGAUAGCAUUUUCAGAAUCAACUUGUCAAAACAAUAUAGUCUAGAGAUCUGAACUGUGUGGCUAUUAUUAUUUUUCAUUCCCCCCGUCUUUUUCGUGAAAUGUAACAGACUAACAUUUACUUUUGAAUGAAUAACAAAAGCAGUUGAGCUCAGAUAUAAUAAGAACUGAGAAGACUGAAGUUUUUUCGUCGAGGGCUUGGAGUUUCCUCCCUGCAGUGUUUUGGUUCUGGUGUGUCACCCCUCCCCCACUUAUAGACUGGAGUCCACGGCAAGUGUGUUCUCCCCCUGCACUUUGUCAGUUCAAAAGUUGUACUUUGUUAUUUUUGUGUCAAAGGGUUGACAGUCCUUAGUUCACACAGUCGCACUCCGCGGAUGUAAUGGAACUAAUGUUUGCGGAGUGGGAAGACGGAGAGCGGUUCUCCUUCGAAGACUCCGACCGGUUCGAGGAAGACUCCCUUUGCUCCUUCAUAUCAGAGGCGGAGAGCCUGUGUCAGAACUGGCGAGGGUGGAGGAAACAGUCCGCUGGUCCCAACUCCCCCACAGUUAAGAUCAAAGAUGGCCAGGUGAUUCCUCUGGUGGAGUUGUCUGCUAAGCAGGUGGCGUUCCACAUCCCCUUUGAGGUAGUGGAGAAGGUCUACCCUCCUGUACCAGAGCAACUGCAACUCCGUAUCGCCUACUGGAGCUUCCCAGAGAACGAGGAGGACAUCAGACUCUACUCCUGCCUGGCCAAUGGGAGCCCAGAUGAGUUCCAGAGAGGGGAGCAGCUCUACAGAAUCAAGGCGGUCAGAGACCCCCUACAGAUCGGCUUCCACCUGAGUGCCACAGUGGUGUCGCAGCAGCCUGGCCAAUCAAAAGGGGCCUACAAUGUGGCCGUCAUGUUCGACCGCUGCCGCAUCACCUCCUGCAGCUGCACCUGUGGGGCGGGGGCCAAGUGGUGCGCACACGUGGUGGCACUGUGCCUCUUCCGCAUACACAACGCAUCUGCGGUGUGUCUGCGUGCCCCCGUGUCAGAGUCGCUGUCCAGGCUACAGAGGGACCAGCUCCAGAAAUUUGCCCAGUACCUUAUCAGCGAACUUCCCCAACAGAUCCUGCCCACAGCCCAGCGGCUUCUGGACGAGCUGCUGUCCUCACAGUCCACCGCCAUCAACACAGUGUGCGGAGCUCCGGAUCCCACGGCUGGCCCCUCUGCCUCUGACCAGAGCACCUGGUACCUGGAUGAGUCCACACUCAGUGACAACAUCAAGAAAACGCUGCAUAAGUUCUGCGGACCCUCACCUGUAGUGUUCAGCGAUGUGAACUCCAUGUACCUGUCGUCCACGGAGCCCCCGGCGGCGGCGGAGUGGGCGUGUCUCCUGCGUCCCCUGAGGGGGCGGGAACCCGAGGGCAUCUGGAACCUGCUGUCCAUCGUCAGGGAGAUGUUCAAGAGGAGGGACAGCAACGCAGCACCCCUGCUGGAGAUACUCACCGAGCAGUGCCUCACCUACGAACAGAUCAUCGGCUGGUGGUAUAGUGUGCGCACCUCUGCGUCCCACAGUAGUGCGAGUGGCCAUACGGGCCGCAGUAACGGCCAGACGGAGGUGGCGGCCCACGCUUGUGCCAGCAUGUGUGACGAGAUGGUGGUGCUCUGGAGACUGGCCGUGCUCGACCCCACCAUGAGCCCACAGAGGCGUCUGGAGUUGGCGUCUCAGCUGAAGCAGUGGCACCUGAAGGUGAUUGAGAUCGUGAAGCGCGGACAGCACCGCAAGUCGCUGGACAAGCUCUUCCAGGGCUUCAAGCCGGCCGUGGAGUCCUGCUACUUCGACUGGGAGGCAGCCUACCCGCUGGCCGGCAUCACCUACUGCAGCACGGACAAGAAGAGCGCCUCCUUCUGCUGGGCCCGGGCGGUGCAGCAGCAGCGGGGUGCCAAGGCCGGCCUGAACGGCGGCGCCGGCGGUGGUGGUGGUGGUGGUGGUGGGGGAGGGGAUCAGGAGUCGGGCGGAAGGCCAGGUGGAGCAGGAUGCGAUGGCGGCUCGGUCGACUACAAACCACGCAGUGGCGGCGGAGGAGGUUACCAACAGGAAGUGGCUGUACGGCCCAAAGAGACGCUGGUGGGCAAGAGGAAAGGGCUGUCGGCCGGCGGCGGGGGGCUGAUGCGCCUGGGAGGAGGCGGGGUGUCUCUGGGUAUGGAGGGCGAGGGAAAGGGCAUGUACAAACCUGGAGGUAGUGGAGGAGGAGGAGGGGGAGCAGCAGGGGGAUCCUCCUCCUCAUCCUCGGGGAGCAAAGCCAAGAUGACACAGGGAGGAAAGGCCUCCUGCUCUGGGGGAGCUGGGGGAGGGGGAGGAGGAAGUGGGGGUGGUGGAGGAGGCGGCAGUGGAGGUGGUGGUGGUGGUGGUGGUAGUGGAAAGCACCCCAGCGCUAAGCGGCGUACCAGUAGCGAGGACAGCUCCCUGGAGCCGGACAUGGCGGAGCUCAGCCUGGACGACGGCUCGUCUCUGGCCCUCGGCGCGGAGGCCAGCAACACCAGCAGCUUUGACUUCCUGCCGCCGCCUCCCGAGAUGCUGCCCUCACCCAGCCCGCUGCUCCGAGAGCCACGCAAGUACGGCGGCAAUGGAGGUGGUAGUGGUGGCAUGGGUUUGGGCAAAGAGCGGGCGUUCGAUGGCAAGCGCGUCACCCACGCCCCUGUUGCUGUGCCACCCCAGCCCGACGCCUUCCCCAAGUCAUGUGACCUGCCCGGACCCUCCUCCGCUUCUGCCCCAGGAGGAGGAGGAGGUGUGGCCUCAGCUGGCUCGGCCAAUGACAAGGAGGUGGAGGUAGAGGCCGAACUUGAGGAGAACGGAGUGGAGGAGGAGGACCUGGUGGCCAUGGACGAUGCUCCUCAACCCUCCACCUCCACUGCGGCCUCAGGUUCCUCCAGCCUCCCCGUUGUGACGGUGACGGGGAAACCCCCACGAGGAGCACGCAGGGAGGGGGGAGGUGGAGCUGCUGGAGGUGGAGCUGCUGGAGGUAUAGGAGAGGGUAGCGGAGCCUCGGCAGCCCCUGAAGGGGCAGCAGCAGCCGCAGGUGGGGGUGGAGGUGGAGGAGGAGGAGACCCGGUGGGGGAGGAUGACUACCAGGCGUACUACCUGAGUGCGGCGGAGGAGGGAGGGGAGCGCGGCGCGCCUGACAACAACCACGAGGAGGAGCCGGACAUCUUCGCCGGCAUCAAGCCCCUCGAGCAGGAAGGGCGCAUGGAGGUACUGUUUGCGUGUGCAGAGGCGCUGUAUGCCCAUGGGUACAGUAACGAAGCGUGCCGAUUGGCUGUGGAGCUGGCUCGGGACCUACUGGCCAAUCCCCCCGACCUGAAGGUGGAGCAGCCGCAAACAAAGGGCAAGAAGAGCAAGGUGUCCACGAGUCGCCAGACGCAGGUGGCCACCAACACGCUGUCCAAGGCUGCGUUCCUGCUGACGGUGCUGAGCGAGAGGCAGGAGCUCCACAAUCUGGCCUUCAGCAUGGGCAUGUUCUCACUGGAGCUGCAGAGGCCGCCCGCCUCCACGAAGGCCCUCGAGGUGAAGCUGGCGUAUCAGGAGUCGGAGGUGGUGGCUCUGCUGAAGAAGAUCCCCCUGGGCGUGGUGGAGAUGGGCUUGAUCCGCGACCGCGCCGAGCAGCUGCGCGACGGCAACUUCUGCGACUACCGGCCCGUGCUGCCACUCAUGCUGGCCAGCUUCAUCUUCGACGUGCUCUGCACACCAGCGGUGUCUCCCACGGGCUCCCGCCCACCCAGCCGAAACCGAAACACAGAGAUGCCUGGAGAUGAGGAGCUGGGCUUUGAGGCUGCUGUUGCUGCCAUCGGCAUGAAGACGACAGUGUCUGAGGCGGAGCACCCUCUGCUGUGUGAGGGCACCCGGAGGGAGAAGGGAGACCUGGCCCUCGCCCUCAUGAUCACCUACAAGGACGACCAGAGCAAACUCAAAAAGAUUCUGGACAAGCUGUUGGACCGUGAGAGCCAGACCCACAAGCCUCAGACCCUCAGCUCCUUCUACUCCAGCAAGCCGGCCGCCGGCAGCCAGAAGAGCCCGUCCAAGCACUCGGCCGCCCACACACACGCCCACACUCACACCCAUGCGCACGCCCACACACACGCCUCCUCCUCGUCCCACUCGGCCUCUGCCGGGGCGAGCGGCGGCGUCUCCAAACACGCGGGUGCGGUGCCUGUGUCGUCGGGGGCCGGCUCGGCUCAGGGUUCAGGCUCUGGCUCGGCGCAGGGCGUGGCAGGCGGAGGGUGUGCAGCCGGCCAACAGGGGGCUCUGGGUGGCGGAGGCGUGCAGAACGUGUCGGCUGCAGCAGCCGCAGAGGCAGGGGAGGCCGGGACUACAGACAGCAGAGAGCAAGACGGCGUGCCCCUGUCCUCGUGUGAGCAGCCGAGUGAGGCGGCGGUGUUUAAGCCGGAGGGCACGGUGCCCAGUCGUCUGGCUCUGGGGGGGCGCGGGGCCUACAGCGGCCGCUGCUGGGGCUCCCCCGUACGACAGAAGAAGAAGCACACAGGCAUGGCCAGCAUAGACAGCAGUGCUCCAGAGACCACCUCCGACAGCUCCCCCACCCUCAGCCGACGCCCACUGCGAGGCGGUUGGGCGGCCACUUCCUGGGGGCGGGGCCAGGACAGCGACAGCAUCAGCAGCUCGUCUUCUGAUUCGCUGGGUUCGUCCUCGUCCAGUGGCUCCCGUCGGGCAGGCGGAGGAGCCAGGGCCAAAAGCACCGACACCAGCAGGUAUAAGGGUCGUCGUCCCGAGUGCCAUGCGCCGCACGUGCCCAACCAGCCGUCGGAGGCGGCGGCCCACUUCUACUUCGAGCUGGCCAAGACGGUGCUGAUCAAGGCGGGCGGCAACAGCUCCACCUCCAUCUUCACCCAGCCCUCGGCCAGCGGCGGCCACCAGGGCCCGCACCGCAACCUGCACCUCUGCGCCUUUGAGAUCGGGCUCUACGCCCUGGGCCUGCACAACUUCGUCUCGCCCAACUGGCUCUCCAGGACAUACUCCUCGCACGUGUCCUGGAUCACAGGUCAGGCGAUGGAGAUUGGUAGCGCGGCACUGAACAUCCUGGUGGAGUGCUGGGACGGGCACCUCACCCCGCCGGAGGUGGCAUCACUGGCGGAUCGGGCGUCUCGUGCCCGCGACCCCAACAUGGUGCGCGCCGCGGCAGAGCUGGCCCUGAGCUGCCUGCCCCACGCCCACGCGCUCAACCCCAACGAGAUCCAAAGGGCCCUCGUCCAGUGCAAGGAGCAGGUGGGUCCCUCGCUUCAAAUAUGGCAGCACUGCCAUCGUCAUUCAGAAGGUCCCCCACAUGGCACACACAAACGGCACCACUGGUCCAGGGAUCAAGUAAGAGAGCAGGACAACGUGAUGCUAGAGAAGGCGUGCAUGGCGGUGGAGGAGGCGGCUAAGGGCGGGGGCGUGUACCCCGAGGUCCUCUUCGAGGUGGCCCAUCAGUGGUACUGGCUCUACGAGCAGACAGUGGGGGGCGGCUCGGGCGCCCAGAGGGAGGUGCCCGCCCGCUGCGGCGCCAACGGGGGCACGGCCAGGCGGCAACAGGAGUCCAGCUGCAACGUGCUGGAGGGCGGCGGUGGCAUGGACCCCCAGCAGAUGGCGGCGGUCACGGCCUCGGUGACAGCGGCCACCGUGGUGCCCGUCAUAUCGGUGGGCUCCACCAUAUACCAGUCGCACACGCUGCCCGGCUCGGCCAUGGCCCACACGCAGGGCCUGCACCCCUACACCACCAUCCAGGCCCACCUGCCCACCGUCUGCACCUCGCAGUACCUGGGACACCCGCUGCAGCACGUGUCGCGGCCCGCCGUCUUCCCCGUGCCUGGGGCCACCUACCCACAGGGGAUGCAUCCGGCCUUCAUCGGUGCCCAGUACCCGUUCUCGGUGGCCACAGGUCCGCCCAUGGCCACCGCCGUCACCUUCCCCGGGGUCCCCGUGCCCUCCAUGACCCAGAUCACCGUCCACCCCUACCACACCGAGACCGGCCUGCCCCUCAGCACCACUGUUGCAGGUGGGGUCCACUCAGGCUCUGCCAUCCAGGCCAUUCAGGGAGCCUCGAUGCCGGGACUCGCCUCCCAGCCUGCCCCAUUGGUCAGCGCGCCCUUCCCCACGGAGGACGAGCACAGCCAGCCAAUCAGCCAGCAGGGCCUGCAUUACUUGCACUCUGCCUACAGAGUUGGUAUGCUAGCGCUGGAGAUGCUGGGUAGGAGGGCCCAUAACGACCACCCCAACAACUUCUCACGUAGUCCCCCCUACACGGAGGACGUGAAGUGGCUACUAGGCCUGGCCGCCCGCCUGGGUGUGAACUACGUGUACCAGUUCUGUGUGGGGGCGGCUAAAGGGGUGCUGAGCCCCUUCGUGCUUCAGGAGAUCAUCAUGGAGGCUCUGCAGCGCCUGAACCCCGCCCACAUACACGCUCACCUGCGCACGCCUGCCUUCCAGCAGCUCGUACAGAGAUGCCAGCAGGCCUACUUACAGUACAUCCACCACCGGCUGAUCCACCUGACGCCGGCGGACUACGAUGACUUUGUGAACAUCAUCCGCAGCGCGCGCGGGGCCUUCUGCCUGACGCCCGUGGGCAUGAUGCAGUUCAACGACGUGCUGCAGAACCUGAAGCGGGGCAAGCAGACCAAGGAGCUGUGGCAGCGCAUCUCCCUGGAGAUGGCCACCUUCUCCCCCUGAGCGAGACCACCAACCAGGGCUGGAGUGGAGAGAGGAGAGGAGAGGAGACACACGGGGUUGACAUGGACAUGGACAUGGACAUUGACAUUGCCACCACUACCAACCGUCGUUGCUACCACUGGCACAGUACCGUCAUUACCACCGCCACCACCAGCGCUACUGCAGUCCAUGAUCGACAUUUUUUCACGAUAAUCGUCACCAUCAUCACUGUGGCCAGGGUCACAGUCACAAGGUCGUCGCCGUCACCUCUGCCGUGAUAACCAGGGACACUGAACAGACAUUGGCUCUCCCAAUGGCCGCUCUCACAGGAGCUCCCUGGGCACCCCCACCCCUAGACAUCAGGCCCAGGCCAAGGCCCAGGCAUGGUGAGGGACCAUACUUCCUCACAACCACCGACCCAUCACCGCCGCACCACCACUCUGCCCAAGUCGGGUGUCCCCCUCUUGUGUCCUGCCGGCCCUGGCCAAACCUCCACCAGUCCCUGGGGUGUCUGCAUACCCUACUCCUCCACCAAUCUCCCCCAACCCCCCACUACACCAGCUCCCUGCCCUAGCUGCUUCUCAACACCGCGUUGCUCCUGCCUUGCUCUGCUGACCUCCUCUUGUGUUAGCCUCCAUUACAGCAGUGCUGCUCUGCUCUACUCUGCUCCGCAGGUCUGGUGGAGCUUAUGGACAGCCAAGGGAGCUCUAGAACUUCUAUUAUUAUUAGUGUUUUUGUUGUUUAUGAGUAUUGUUGCUCUGACCCUUCUUCUUAUUGUGUCUAAUAUUCGUGUGACUUUUUUCCACGUUAACACAGGAGAGUUACUCCUUUUUGAAGUUUGUUCGUCUGCCAAACUGCUCACCCCACCCCACCCUUCCCCAUGCCACCCAUACCCAUACCCAUUACCCAACACCCCACCCCAGCCCACCCCACACACCCCAGAGCCCAGUUGUGGUGGAGCUUGUAUAUGUGGUAUCUCCCCCAGAGAGUUGGAAGUUGAAGUUGUUUUUUUCCAUUCAUCCGUUGGUGUGGAUAUAUUUGGUUGGUUGGUUCCAUUAACGAAACCACUAUAAUGUCAAGAUUUGAAUACUGCAACAUUCCUCUGUACCUGGAGGAGGACAGGACAUGACAGGAGGCCCUCCGCCGGUCAUCAAGGAUUUACACUCGGGGCUCAUCUAAUGAUGUAAACAAAAACAAACAAACAAACAAACAAAACAAACAAGAAGAAAAUAUAAACAAUAUUUGUUAGUCAUUCAGAUGGAAGAAAAGAGAAAAAAAAAGUUUAAUAUUGAAAAUUAUUAUGUUCAGUACGGGUGAGGAUUGUUUUUGUUUGUUUUUGUUUUUUUCCUCUCCUUUUUUUCCUCUUUUUUGUUUUGUUUUUGAUAUUUUGUAUAGAAAUGGUGUGCGUGUGUGUGUGUGUGUGAGGUGUGCUGUUUGAAGCUGAGCAAGAGCGAGUGUGAUGUGUAUGUUGUGUUGUAUGUGUAAGUGCUGUUGCGUGAGCUCCUCUUUCCAAUCACCUAUUGAGGGCCCAGUCUCAGGGGCUUUUGGAACACACGAGUCUGGCUGGACCAAGUGCCACCCACCCAGUCCUCUUGGGCAUCCAAUCUGGACCGCCUCUUGCUUUCUAUUAUUCUUCUCUUUUUUAUGACAGAAUAUUCAUCGCUCUUAACCUUCCCUACACUGACAAUAUUAUGGUUACAUCCUCCUUAGUUCAGCCUUGUUGCAACUUUUCUUUCUUUCUCUCUGUCUUAAAAUAUUUUUUUCUUAUUCUUAUUCUUCAUCCUGCCCCCUUCCUGUCUGACCUUAUUUCUCUACUGUGUGUUUGACAAUGACUUUAUAUGUCUUGUUCUGUUUGUCUGCGUUUUUCUUUUCUUCCUUGUCAAUGCGCCGCCACUUGCUUGUCUUUGUAAGUGUGGGCAGGUGUUUUGUGGGAAGGGGGCAUUGCCAGGCUCCUGUGUUCAAAGCCAGACUCGAACCUCAACUUGGAACUCACUGGUGGAGAAUGACUGAGUAGAAAAUGUACUGUGAUAUUUUUGUAUUCUUCAAAGUGUAGCUUGAUUGAAAAAGUAUAUUAUAUAUAUAAAUAUAUAUAAAUAAAAAAACUGUGCCGAUUGCAAGCGGAUGUUAUUUAGGAUAAGGAAGAAAAAAAAAGCAUAAAGCAAUAUUGAAUUGUAGAGUUUACUUAAUAAAGAUAAUUCAAUACA